AAUAAAAAAGGAACAGGGCAUCUUUUAUGAGGACCUUCGGACAGAGAUUGCCACUUCACGUACUGGUACUAGGAUCAUUGUAAACAUACACGUCAAUUUCGCUUGCUAUAAAUACCUCUUGCCUUGGUCCACUCUGCGCACCACACGGCCAAAGACAUCAGAACAGAUCACCAUGCAGGUUGUAGCAGUGUUCGUUGCUCUAACAGUCCUCUCAGGCUGCCAUGGCUGGUCCCUGUCCCUGGUCCAGGACCAGCAUAAGGAGCCAUGGGAGGUGGCUGUCGACAGCUUCUGGAAGUACAUGGCUGACAUGAACACCAAAGCAGAGGAGAUGAAGAAGACCAUCGAGAGCUCUCAGAUCCGCGAGGAACUAGACACACUCUCCAAGACCAUCUUGGCAGACCUGAGUAUGUACCGAGAUGACCUCCAAACCAAGCUGGGUCCCUUUGCCGAGGAAACGGCCGCUCAGCUGGGUCAAGACAUGACACUGCUGGCCAAUAAGCUCCAGGUCCACUUGAACGAGGCCCAGGACAAGGCCAUGGUGUACUCUGACGAGCUGCAGAGCCUUGCACAGCAGAACGCUGAUGAUGUGUCGGGCAGGAUGAAGACCUACGUCCGCAAACUGAAGAAACGCCUGGGCAAAGACUCCGAGGAGAUCCGCAGCAAAAUGGACACCUAUUUUGCUGAGCUGAACUCCCGCACCGGCACAUGGGUGGAGGGUGUGCAGAAGCGGCUGGAGCCUGUCAUGAGUGAGCUGGGCAAAGUGCUGAAUACCCAGACAGAAGGAGCGAAAGAAAAUCUCAAAGUCCUCCAGCAGCAGAUGGAGCAGACCUCUGAGAACCUGCGCACCACACUGGAGGCCAAGGCGGAGGAGCUCCGUGUGUGGUUCCAGCCCUACGCCGAGGAUAUCCAGGUGCAACUGAAGGCCAUAAUGACGGAAGAAUAGAACCUUCAUCGAGUUUUCCCUUUUGGCUGAUUCUGAGGUGGAGAUCAGCUGAAAUGGCACUGUCUGUGUGAUUCUUUUUUCGUUAAAAGCACUGUUUUUACAUAGUGGAAUGUGAUGAGGUUUGUUAUUUCACACCAUUAUGGCCAUCAAAAAAAUAUGCUUUCCCUGGUGGUUGUGUAGCAUGCCCUGUCAAAUUGCUGUCAUUCAUCAUGUGAAUUGGGUGUGUCGAUUCUGUGCGGUGACUAAGCCAGACCCCUGAAAAGUUUCUGGGGGAGAGAAUGUAAGUUUUCUCAAAAACAAUAAAUUAUAAACUAAACUAG